UUUAAGCUCUUGUGUCGGGAUUGGUUGAUGUAAAUGAUUAAAGAUCCAGAAGAUCUAGAAAAUUAAUCCCGCCCAAAUUCUGGACCCCGACUUAAAAUAAAUAUGUGGGAAUCUCGAAUCUUGUACUUGUGAAAACACCUUUACACAUUCUCAUAUCCAUCCAUUUCCCCUCCACGUCUACCCUCCUUCCCAUCAACCUCUCCACUAAGUAACCUGCAAUAAACCCUUCUCGAAUUUCGUACAGCACAGUCAAACGGUGAUGCGCCAGCAAUAGGAAACGAUUCAUGCACCCCUUCUCUAUUCUCACACUUGCGAUUUUCGUAGCCGGCUACAUCACUGCGAGGUGGGAUCUGGUUACUAGACUUUAUGAGCUUGCAAUAUUCGCAUGGGAUCACGGAGUAGUGGUUAGCUUUGAUAUUCCGUGUAUUUGAUUAAAUCCAUUUUACUAAUAUUUCUUUGCCCAUAGGCACGCACACUAAAAGGAUUCGCAAUUCUUUCCCUCUUCUUCUUUCUAUUCAUCAUUCCUGUGGAAAGGCUCGCGUCGAGGGAGACGACACUAGUAAAUAAGCACGAUAUCUACAGCGCGAAACUAGCUAAUAUUCCAAUAGCAUCCGCGAUCCGGCAGCGUCGGCAUAUCCGCACGAGAACAAUUGCGACGAAGGGGUUCAUUUUGAAAGAAAUACUAUAGCACAAUUGAGCAUUUGUCAUGCCCGAUCAUGAUGGUUUGAUGAGGAUUUUUUGGCCGAGGGAUAUACCGAGAAGUGAUUCACCCGGAG